AUGCCGCACACGAGGUCUCACCGCCGCUGCCUCGUCACGGGCGGCGCGGGGUUCGUCGGGCAGCACCUGGUGCUGAAGCUUCUAGACGCGGGCUGGGAUGUCGUGGUGUUUGAUUUGCGUCCCCUGCAGGGGAAUGAGUUCACGAAAGUGGAGAGCGUCGUCGGCAACCUGAACGACGAGGCGCAGUUGGUGAAGGCCCUGCAAGGGGUCGAUGUUGUGUUCCACGUGGCCACCUUGUCGCCAACGGGCGCGAACGCGAGGAACAAGAAGCUGAUGACCCAGGUCAACGUUGACGGCACUCGCACGGUCGUCGAGGCCUGCAAGAAGGCGGGGGUGGGCACCCUGGUGUACACAUCCUCCUCUUCUGUUGUGUUCAAUGGCCAGGACCUCGUCGGAUGCACGGAGGCCCAGCCGUACCCGGACAGGUUCUUGGAUUUCUACUCGGAAACGAAGAUGCGCGGCGAGAAGAUCGUGCUCGACGCUGCCAGCUCCAUGCUCGCGACUGUUUCGCUGCGUCCGAGCAGCAUCUUCGGGGAGCGCGACAUGCUCAUGGUGCCCACCACGGUGGCCAAGGCGCGCCAGGGGAAAAUGAAGUUCAUGAUCGGGAACGGCGAGAACCUCUGCGACUGGACGUACGUCGGCAACGUCGCGCAGGCGCACCUCGACGCGGCCGAGGCCCUGCUCGCGGGGAAGAAGGUGUCCGGCAAGGCGUACUUCAUCACGAAUGACGAGCCGAGGACGUUCUGGGGAUUUAUGGGUGACAUCCUGGAAGGACUCGGGUACAGCCGCCCCUCGCGGAAGCUCCCGUUCGGCCUCAUCUACGCCAUCGCUGUCGUCUUGCAGUUCAUAUUCUGGAUCCUCAGUCCUUUUGUCCAGCUCUCCACAGACUUCACGACGUUCCGGGUCAAGCUCGCGGCGUGCAACAGGAACUUCAGCUGCGACGCCGCGAAGAAGGACCUGGGAUACCGCGCACCUGUGCCGAUGGACGAAGCCAUCAAGCGCACUGUGGCAUACUUCAAGCCAACGUGGGGCAAGGCUGCCAUGGACGCGAAGGAAGCCCAAGGCAAGACCGCAUAG